AUGGCUGGUACUUUUCUAUUUACUUCUGAAUCCGUCGGUGAAGGUCACCCAGACAAGAUCUGUGAUCAAGUCUCUGAUGCUAUCUUGGACGCCUGUUUGGCUGAAGAUCCAAUGUCAAAGGUCGCUUGUGAAACUGCUGCCAAGACUGGUAUGAUCAUGGUCUUUGGUGAAAUCACCACCAACGCAAAGUUGGACUACCAAAAAAUCGUCAGAGACACCAUCAAGAAGAUCGGUUACGACGCUUCCGAAAAGGGUUUCGAUUACAAGACUUGUAACGUUUUGGUCGCCAUCGAACAACAAUCUCCAGAUAUCGCCCAAGGUUUGCAUUUGGAACAAAAAUUGGAAGAAUUAGGUGCCGGUGACCAAGGUAUCAUGUUCGGUUACGCUACCGACGAAACCCCAGAAUACUUGCCAUUGACCAUCUUAUUGGCUCACAAGUUGAACAUGGCUAUGGCUGACGCCAGAAGAGACGGCUCUUUGCCAUGGUUGAGACCAGACACCAAGACUCAAGUCACCGUCGAAUACAAGAACGAUAACGGUAGAUGGGUCCCAUUGAGAAUCGACACCAUCGUCGUUUCCGCUCAACACGCUGAAGAAAUCUCUACUGCCGACUUGAGAUCAAAGAUUAAGUCUGACAUCAUCGACAAGGUCUGUCCAGCUGACAUGUUGGAUGAAAACACCAAAUACUACAUCCAACCUUCCGGUAGAUUCGUCAUCGGUGGUCCACAAGGUGAUGCCGGUUUAACCGGUAGAAAGAUUAUCGUCGAUGCUUAUGGUGGUGCUUCCGCUGUCGGUGGUGGUGCUUUCUCCGGUAAGGAUUACUCCAAGGUCGAUCGUUCCGCUGCUUACGCUGCUAGAUGGGUUGCCAAGUCUUUGUUGGCUGCCGGUCUAUGUAAGAGAGUCGAAGUCCAAUUCUCUUAUGCUAUUGGUGUCGCCGAACCAUUAUCUUUACACGUCGACACUUAUGGUACCGCUACUAAGUCUGAUGAAGAAAUCAUUCAAAUCAUUAAGAACAACUUCGAUUUGAGACCAGGUGUCUUAGUCAAGGAAUUGGACUUGGCUAGACCAAUCUACUUGCCAACCGCUUCUUACGGUCACUUCACCAACCAAGAAUACCCAUGGGAACAACCAAAGGCUUUGAAAUUCUAA